UUUCACAACCUUUAUGACACACCAAUUAGAACUUGCAAAAAUUAAACACUUUCAUUGCAACACGUUAUCUUCCAAUUAAACUAGCUCAUUCAAAAAUGGCUAAAGUAGCAUUGUUGGUGGUGGUGUGCAUGGCAGCAGUAGCUGUGAUGCUAACGCCCCAUGCAGACGCUGACAUCUCUUGUGGGCAGGUUGUUGCGAGCUUGUCACCAUGCAUUAGCUAUGUGAGGCAAGGUGGUGCUAUUCCAGCACCAUGCUGCAGUGGAAUUAAUUCCCUCAACAACCAAGCUACCAGCACUCCUGAUCGACAGACGGCUUGUAACUGUAUUAAAUCUGCUGCUGCAGGCAUCAGUGGCAUCAACUUCAGUCUUGCUGGUAGUCUUCCUAGCAAAUGUGGUGUCAAUCUUCCCUACAAGAUUAGCCCUUCCAUUGACUGCUCCACGGUGCAGUAAGAUGUGUGAGUUAACUUAUGGUAGCAGAAUGAAGGAUAUGGUAAUAAAUAAGAUGCGUUCUUGGAGAAGAUGGAUGAAGCUUUUGUUGCAUCUUCUAAUGUUUCGAUCAUUUCUAGUUUAGUAGUACUCAUGUAUGUUCACUAUCUUGCUCUUCAAAAGAUUGUACCCUUUCAAUUUGUUGACUACUAUGAUAUCCUGCUACUUCUAGUAAUUUCUUCUC